AUGUCAGUCGUCGUCGUCAAUUUUAUAGGGCGCCGGUUCCGGUUUGUGAUUGAAAUUUUUCUGGUCGGUGAUUAAAACAUUGAAUGUUGAAACUUAAAACAGGGGAUUGGAAACAAUAUAGGAAAGAAUUUAUAUAAUUGGUCUUGUUUUUGGAAUAUAUAAGCAUAAUAAUUCUACAUGAAAAUGGAAGACGACUUGGAAAUUUUGGAAAAAGCACUUUCAAAUCUCGAUGCUACAGAAUCUAAGGAAGAGAAAAGUGAUUUCGAAGGCCUUUAUAAGAACUGGGGGAAAACAGGGAGCCAAGAAGAACGGAGAGCUCAGUUAUUGGAGACCCAAAAAGGUAACCGAAAUAACAAAAUAGAUAGAUUCCGUGGUAUUCUGGAACUUGUUAAUGCUGUUGAAGACAAUAGUAAACUAUUCAGACCAUAUAAAAAGAUUCCCUAUAGACCAAACAUAUAUGUGGCUGGCUUCCAUAAAACCUGUCUCACAUACAGCAAUGUGUUGAUGUUGUCAGAAUGGAUGAUUGAGAAGCCUAGUGAUUUUGCACAAAAUUGGUAUGUGGUGCCCUGUCCAAAGGGUGUAAGGGUUCUUGUUAUUGCCAAUAACGGCACAACAAAAUUCUACACAAAGUAUGGCCAUUUCAAAUUUGAGCGCUACACAGGCUUGCCAGGAGGCAACCCUUACAAUCUUUACCGUAGAAAUUGCUGUGUUCUAGAUUGCUUCUAUCAUGAGCAAUCCAACACUUUGCACCUCUUGGAUUUGCUUGCUUGGAACAAUCAACCCAUGACAGAUGGUGAGACUGAAUUUCGCCAAUACUGGAUGAAGACUCAAUUGGAAGAUUUUCCUGACACAAAAACGAUCAACAAGAAAAACAAAGUUAUAAUUAAAAUUCUCCCCAUGAUGCCCUGCACAACACAUUAUCUUAGCUAUUUGCUAAGCACAUACCCACAGUUCGAGAACAAUGUUCCGCCACUGGACGGAUUAUUGUUCUACCAUAAGAGGGCGCACUACGUGGCGGGAGAGACGCCGCUAGUGGGCUGGCUGUUCCCUUACAUGGUACCUGAGGUGCUUGGUGAAGAUAUCACAAUGCAUCCUGGAUACAGCGCAGAGAAACCGGCUGAUUAUGUAAAUCAAGCAGACUUUAUACAGAAGUUUGAGGCCAAGUGGGCCAAGAAAAACAAACGUCGGAGCUCCAGUUCUAUGGAAACGGAUAGCACUAAAGGCAGCACCAAAGACUUAACGCAAAAGGAGAAGAAUGUGAAGAAUAAAGCUGUAGAAACAAAAGACAAAAACGCUGCGCCAAAGACAGACGAAAUAAAUGAUAAUAAGACUAUGGAAACAGAUAACAGUGAUAGUGCUGAGAAGAAAGAUGAAGAGAAGGAGAAUAAAGUUAUGGAACUGGAUAAUAAAGAAGGCGAACAGAAAAGCAGGGAAGAAAAUAAAAGGGAGAGUCAGGAUACGAGUAAGAGCGAAGAGAAGGCAGCGAGGAGCGUGUCAAUGGACGCCGAUGAAGAAAAAUCAGAUACCGCUGAAGUAGUCAAUAAGUAAAUGUUAUAACUAGAUAUUAAUAUAAUGCGUACAAAGUAACAAUGGGAACGUCGUAUAUCUAAUAUAGAGAUAUUAUUAUUGACAGUAAUAACGUCACAAUACGGCAGCCACGAUUUCCCUUUCUUACUUUGUACGUGUUAUACUCUUUUUUUUUGUGAUAAUAUAAGAGCCUUUGUACACCAUGAAACACAUCUUUCAGCCAACGAUCUAGUUCUGAGUUCAUAGUUCGGUAUUUACUACUCGCCUAUCUUUGUUAAAUAGUCGCGUUUUUGACCACCUACUCAACAUUUUCAUGUAUGAAUAAUUUUACGUUCUUUGUAUAAUAUAAGCGACAUCAGAUUACCGAAAAAGCGUGUCGCAGAACUCUGGAUUCAGAGCUAUAGACUCAUUGUCGUGAGAUCGACGCCUUACGACACGACACCAACUCUAAAGCUGAGAUCUAUAGACAGUACUUUGACGUUGCCCAGAAUUUGCUAAAUACAGAUACACAGACAGAGUUAAAAUGUGACAGAUCUUACAUCAACAAUAACAGGUCAGCAAUAGUAAGUCCUGACCUGAUUGCUACUUAUAGAUACUUGCUGACCUGUUUUGAAGCAAGUUGUUUAUCGCUAUUCUGGCGCUGAUAGCAGCAGUGAGCGUCAUGUGAGCGUACUCGGAACUAAAAUGUUAGGAAUGAAAAUAUCUGUCAACACGAAGAGAGCGUAGGUACUUCAACUUUGCUUAGAUUUAAGAUAAUAUGGUUAAAAUGAACCAUAUCUUUUUUUGACAAAUUAAUUAGCAUUUUGAGAUCUCGCCAUUUUAACUUUGUGUCAAAAGUACUGUGAACCGUAAAUUAAAAUACCUUUAAAUCAAGGAUUUAAAUGUUAUGUACUUUUGAUAUGAUAGGUUGACACAGAGUUAAAAUGAGAUCUCAAAAUGUACGCAUUAAACGUACGCACUUUAGUGAUCUUGGAUCGUUAUUAGUGUACAAUUAUUGGUAUUAUUAUAGUGCAGUGGGCUGUUAAGGUCUCUGUGCACUAUACAACAGCGUGGGAGUGUUUGUAUUGUACAUUCCGAAAUUUUUUGUAGAUUGAAGUUUUUCGGUUAAGUUUACUUGUGUGCAUAUAAUUGAUAUAUAUAUAAUUUUUCUGUGAUUUUUGUAUCGAUGCAAAGGUCAACUCAAAAUAGGGGGUGUUCGUUUCGAACACUCGUUUUCCACUUGUGGAAGUUAUUUUUUGCAUACUUACCAAUUAUUUUUUUUUGUUGAUGUUGAUUGUAAGUUAAAGUGGUUUGCAACUUGAUUACCUACAACCGUAGCACGGCCCGGAGUUAGCGGAGCCCUUAAUUCAUAAACAAUACGUACGUUUUUUGUGUAAUAAAAGUUACAACUUCAAGAUUUAA